AUGGUGCACCUAAGAACCCUCCGUAAGCCUCGCAACCACAACACUCUCCCAAAGCCCUCCCAAAAGAACGGGAUGUCGUCUCUUUCCCGCCUUAUCCGCCGCACAUUUUCCUCUGCCGCAUCCGCCGCCGCCACCACUACUGCUACAUCCGUCACCUCCGCCAAAGCCAAAUCACUCUCUCAAAUACUCUACGAAGAACGUAACCUCAAGGAACUCGUCGAAAAAUUCAAAAAUGCCUCCUUAGACGAUCACUUUCGCACCAGAAAUGAUAUUUACAAAGUAACCAUCCGCCGUCUUGCAGCUGCUAGGAAAUUUCAUUACGUAGAAGAAAUUCUAGAGGACCAGAAGCAAUAUAAGGAUAUGUCAGCAGAGGAUUUUAAUGCUCGUUUGAUGAACCUUUAUGGUAUAGCGGGUAUGUUCGAUAAUGCACGCAAGGUGUUUGAUGAAAUGCUUGAAAGAAAUUGCCCUCGGACGGUCAUGUCUCUUAAUGCGCUGUUGGGGGCAUGCGUUAAUUCGAAAAAGUUUGAUGAAGUAGAAGGGUUGCUUAAAGGGUUAUCGAAGGAGUUAAAGAUUGAACCAGAUUUGGUUUCGUAUAAUAUGGUCGUUAAGGCUUUUUGCGAGAUGGGGUCAUUGGAUUCGGCAGUUUCUUUGCUAGAUGAGAUGGAAAAGAAGGGUCUUGUGCCUGAUUUGAUUACUUUUACUACGCUUUUACAUGGGUUUUAUGAGAAUGGUAGGGUUGAUGACGGAGAGCGGAUUUGGGAUCGUAUGAAGGAGAAGAGUAUUGAACCUGAUUUGAUUACUUUUAAUACGCUUUUACAUGGGUUUUAUGCGAAUGGAAGGUUUGUCGACGGGGAACAGAUUUGGGAUCGAAUGAAGGAGAAGAAUGUUGAACCUGAUAAUAGGAGUUAUGGUGCCAGGGUGCUUGGAAUGGCAUUGGAGAAGAAAAUGAAAGAUGCUGUUAAGGUUGUUGAAGAAAUGAAGAGCAGGGGCCUUAAACUUAAUCACUUCAUUUACCAUGAUUUGAUUAGAGGGUUUGUUAAUGAGGAUGAUUUAGAGGAAGCUAAGCAUUGGUAUGGUGAUAUAAGGGAAAAUGGGUGUAAACCAAAUAGAUAUACUUUUGAGACAUUGAUUCCUUUUUCCGUUGAGAAGGGUGAUUUAGCUUUUGCUUUUGAGCUUUGCGAGCAUGUUAUCCUUAGCAAGUUUGCUGUUAAGAAGACAUUGAUACAACCUGUGGUGGAUGCUUUGGCUAAGGAGUCAAAGAUUAAAGCAGCAAAGGAGCUUGUUCAUCUCGGGAAAUCACGUCGUCCCCAUCCUUAUAAUUUGAAAUUGCCGCGUAGCAGUGAAAUGUCCUCUCUAAUUUCGGUUUUUCAUCCGGUAUAA